UGUAUUAUCUGCUUGCAGUUAGUCCGUUCGUGGCUUUGUUCAAAAGUCCUCUCAUUAUCCUUGGCAAGAUGCAACUUAUUUUCUUCUUGGUUAUUGUGCUACGUCUAGUGCCAACAGGUAGCAGGGAAACAGAGUAUAAUUCCUCUAACACGGCUAUCCUACACUGCAUAUUUCCGGAAAACUCUACGAGGACAGAUUUUGUAGUUUAUUUUUAUGACGAAAAUGGCAAAACAGAGCUGCUGGUGGAUUGUGCAUGGGAGAGGGACGAGCUUGAGUGCAUCCAACAAGAAGGUUUCAACUGCAGGUUACCUGUGCCCAAUACUGCAGAAAUCGAAGUACCUCAGAUAUUUGUUACCAGACCAAGCCAGAUCGGAUACACACUUAAUGGAGAUGACCCCAGUAAAGUCAACUUUUGUCAUUUUGUUGAAAACCAAAGUGAGGGACGAAAAGAAAGCCAGAAUAAAACUCAGCAAAUUAACAUAACCGAAAACAAUUAUGAUCACAAAGCAUCAAGUGACUUUCCUGUUUGGGUUAUCGGCCUUGUUAUUGGAGCAGUUCUCGCCGUUGGAGUAAUCGUGAUUGGCAUUGUGCUGUACAAGAAAAUUUGCAGAAAUUUCCAGACGCAUAAACCAGAGGAAUCGGAUGAAGAGUCUCCAUCCUUGGUGUCCACUGGAAACAGCAAAAGUGAUGACAACUCAAGUCGGUCAACUGUGAAAGAUCAGUUUUUUCCUACUCAACGGAGCAGUCGUCUUGUUGAUGAGGACAGGGUUUCACUUAAUAGUUAAUCAUUAAAGGACGAUUCUGGACUUCAUUCGACAAAAAAGCUUUUUAUUCUUAUAAAAAUCUAGAUUACUGUUACACUCAUGUAGGAGAUAUCCUCUGGAUAAUGUACACACACAUAAACUCUAUGUUCACAAAUAAUUCAGUCCUUCCAGGAGUAACAGCCAUCUGUGCUUCGCCAAAAAUGUUGUACUUAGGCUCAUUAAAAUCACAAUAUUAUUUGGCAGAUUACUUUACUAUUAUGUUUAUAAGUUCAUUUGUUUGAUAUUAUUGCUCUCUUUGAAAGGGAUAAGUGAGCGGUUGGUGCUAUGAUUUAUAAGUGUACUAGAUUAGUGGAUUGAAUGUACUAGAAACUGGAUUUAUUGCUCAGCAUGUAUGAAUCAUAGUAUUUAUGGGUUUUUGUUAUUGUCGUGUUUUGCUAAACCAUGUACGAAAUGAUCAAUUAAGUAUUGUUGUUAUUACUAUUUUCCAGUGUCAGUGGUAGCCUUUGGAUUCCUUACGCCUUACUAUUGCAUUCAAGAUCAUUUAAAUUCUUGACUCAUCAAAAAUUGUCAUUUUUGUUUAUUGCCUAAUUGUCAUUUAAGCAAGAAGGACUCGUUUUGAUUUUUUUACAUUUCAAUCUUAUUGCUCCAAUGUGUUUUGAUAACCAUUUUAAAUACCAAUUUGCAUUGUCUUUCAAGUGAAUAAAUAUUUUACAU